CCUAGCCCAGGAGAAGAGAGCCUGUGGCCAGAGGAGACGCGGAGCUGCUCUGGAUCGCCUCUGGAUGCCGCCAGGAUGACCCAGGCAACCCCGAGCCAGCCGUACUUCCGAUCCGACAGCAGCGACUCCGCUGCCCGCAUGUUGGGUGACGGGCCGCCAGCCGAGAAGUACCGUCGGAAGAAGCGCUGCAGCCCGGUCUGGCUGGCCGUGGCCGCCAUGGGCAUCCUGGCCCUGCAAAUCGCCUCUACCACCGGCCUCUUCGUCUACUUCACGAUGUCCAUCUCCAAGCUCAAAGCUCAGGCCCAUGGCAGCUCUGAGGAGGGCCACUGCCUCCUGCUGCUCAGCCAAAUGCAGGAACUCUCGGACCUGGACGAGUUGAUUGGCAACCAGUCAUGCCUCAAGCUGGCCAGCAAUAUCAAGGCCUAUAUCUCAAUGGUGACAGAGAGUAUUAUUCGUAAGAGCGCUCAGACUGCAGAGACCUCAAAAAAGUCCACCAACUCUUCAGGCGGGCAGUUGGUGAUCAGGCAGCCAGGCAGCAAACCAUCGGCACACCUUACGCUCAGGGGGUGGAAGCCAUCCCAGACAGGAAGCCGGAGCCUCUUUGGGGAGCUGCCUCAGUCCUGCCAGCUCCCAAUUCCCUACUGGGGCAACAAAACCAUGCAUACACAUCUGCAGGACCUCACCUACCGGGAUGGCAAGCUGCAUGUGAGCCAGGCAGGCAAAUACUACAUCUAUGCCCAGAUCUACUUCCGCUACCCCACAGAGGGUAUGAAUUCCCAGGCGCUGGGCCAUCAACUGGUGCAGUGCAUCAACCUCCAGAGCACCAGUGGACAGACCAUCCCACUGCUGAAAGGCGUGGGCACUAAGUGCUGGGCGCAGGAUGCUACCUAUGGGCUCCAUGCUCUUUACCAAGGGGGCCUCUUUGACCUCAAAGCGGGUGACAAGCUCUUUGUGUCCGUCUCCUCGCUGGACAUCAACUAUAACGAUGCAGAAGGCAGCUACUUUGGAGCCUUCCGUCUUGAUGGGUGAAGGAAGUGGAACAUUUUGUAGACUGGUCUCCUCCUGCAACGUUGGGCAGGUCAUUACUCUGCCAAUUAGGAGUGACUAUAUGGGCAUCUGAACCUGAUGCACCCGCUUAGCUCAAAAGACAAUGCCCUUCAUUGGGACUCCUGUCUACUGUCACUGUAGGUGCAACAUCUCAAGAUUUUCUCUUUUGUUAGUGGUUCUCAUCAAGGUUGUUCCCCAGAGGCAAGAGCCAGGAACUGAGGCCUCUUAAGACCCAAAAUCUCCAUUCCCUUCUAUAAUGGAAACUUGGUCUGUCUGAGAAGAUGAGAGCAUCUUGCAUCUGUGGCUAUAGCAGGAGUUUUGGAGCCCUUGUGGUGAAGAGCUCCCUCUCCCUGUAGUAUGUCUUCUCACACAUGCCCAAGGGGAAAAAGGGACUGCUGAAGUAGCCUAGUACACGUGUGGGGCACAGAAAGCAGGUACCCUCUGCCAAGUGUCUAGAACUGGUGAAGAGGGAACUCAAGAAGACCCAUCCUUCGGACAGACACACGAAGGAAUACUAUACAUAGUCGCAUAUCACUCUUUAGCUGGCAAGUUUCUAGGAAGGUCGGUGCUUGGAUUGGGACACAGAUAAUUAUUCCCCAAGAGGGCACCUACAGGGCUGUUGUGGAUCAGGACAUCACUGACCAUCUCUCAAGUCCUGCCUACAUGUGAUUUCUUUUCUACUAAUCCAGACCUUUCAGGACUGUUUACUAAAAAAUAUGAAACUCAUCUUGCCAUUGCACUAGUAUCACUUCCUGAAGAUCAGCCUGCUUUGGGUUGCUCACAUAAGUCACCUUUAUAUCACUCUCAUGGCAUUCAGGCAAGCAUUGUGCUGUUCUGCUUGCUUCAGUGAAGACAGAAAAUUCACAGCGUCACUGCAGUAGCAGAAAUGUAGGUCAGUAUGUCACCCAUUUUGCACAGCCUGCAGGCAUCUUGGAGACAAGGAUGCACAUUUCACUUUCUUUUCCUGAGGCUUAUGGACCCAGGUACACACAAAACAAACCCUCUCAUGUGCCAUCAACUGGGAUUCCUAACUUGCUCAUCAGGCAGUGCCAGCGACUGAGGCUGAAACUGCCAUGGCUGGCUGACUGGGGUGGGAGGAGGAAGCACCAAAGCUGCCUGACACACCCUUUUGUAUAUGGUGGUUCAAAGCUGAAGUGGUUGCCUUUAACAGUGGAGAGGACAGAGAGACUCGGAAGGGGGCUUAUCUUCUAGUGCUUCCAACUAGUCAGGGAUCUUCAUACCAUCCACAAAAAGGGUGGAGACAUCAGAGCAUUUCAAGACGGCAACUGUAGGUGGGAUCCAGACUAAUUUCCCAUUCGUGGAAUGGAACUAUCCUGGCUCCCCCCUCCCACUGCAGUUCAUUGAUCUCCAUAAAAUGCUGUUCCUGGGGCAUAGGGAUCCAAUGGGAGGGAAGGGGGGACGGAUUGAAAUUGCCAAUUUAGUCUGGAUCCAACCCUGUAGUUGUCAACAUAACCAGGCAUUCUGAUUUUAUUGGGGAAGGGGAGAUCACAGCAGGUAAACUAAUACAAAAGAGCUAGGAGGAAGGUUAGGUUACACAAAGAAUAAGGAAGGUUUGCAGGACUGUGAGAAAUACCAGGUAAUAUUUCCUUCUUUGGGGAGCUGAUCGAGACUGUGAAUCAUGUUGCAAAAAUUGGUUGCCCUGUAUCUCUGAGUUCUCUAGAGGCGCACACACGAGUGCCAGUUGUGAUAGGAGAAAAAUCACUGCUCUAAUCCAACAACGGCCACCUCUGCACAGGCAUGCUUCUGCUCUCGUGCCAUCCCAUCACCCCCUUUUGCUGCAGCUCCUGCCACACACAGCCUUGCCUGGCAUCAACCCACUUCCCCAGCACCACAAUCAGGACUCCUCACCAUUCACAGCCAGGCUUCCCUAUAGCUUUCCCUGCUUUCUGCUCCCAGCUGUGCUUUAUCUACAGGACUCUCCUUCCUCUUUCUACAAAAAUACUGGAGAGGGAAGAAACCCUAAAUGACAUUAUCUUCCAGGUAGAUUAGACCCCAGAGGUUGACCCAAAGGAAGGUAAGACUGUCCAGCAAGGAAGCAAUCCCCUUCCCAUCAAGCCUAGAAGCUGGCAUCUUGGAGCCUUUUGAACUUGUCCUAGUUUUCAAGGCCCUGCUCCUGUGUUCUUAGCUGCUACAGAAACUAAUCUUUCCCUGCUCUAGGAGAAAAAAAUGUCCUGCUUGCUACAUUCUGUGUUCAGAUUGCCAUUAAAAAGCAGAGUGGUAGGGCCCUCCCCAAAUCUAAACUCAUUUUGCCUCAGAACAAACCAGAGCAUUUUUUGUUCUCUUAAAGGCAGUUCCCACUGCACCUGAACCCUUACACUGUAUUCUCCACACUGUUAGAUUUGCUAGGCUCCGGCAACAACUGAAAUCUCCUCAUAUAUGUGGCCUAUUACAAUCCCUGAACCAGAUCCUGGGCUAGUCUUGUAAAAUUAAACCCAAGAUCCAUUCUUGUCUCAAGGAAAGGCUCUGUUGUACCUCUGAAGUUUUUCCUUGCAGCUUGCUAUAGUGCUGAACUCAUUAGGAAACUUUCCAAACAAUUUCAGCUUGGGCCUGCCACCUUCCUGUAUCUCCAAUCUCUGAUUCUUUUAAUAUUUCACAGAUGGGUUCACUUUGGUUGGUGCGCAAGCAAAUUACAGCCCCUAGAAGAUUGUUGAUACAGUGUAGCAUGGACUCACCUAUUAGCCAUCUUUGGCAAUGAGUUGGAGUCUCUGCCUUCUACUCAGACAUUUGGGCAAUAGGAGGAAGUUACAAUCUUAACAAAAUGCGGAAACCAGGCUCCAUGUCAGCUGUCUCUACAACCAGGCUAUGACUCAAGCAAAGAGGGGGACAGUCAGAGCAAGAGCAGGCAGGAAGCUGCAGAAUAGGCAGCCACUGCUAAACCAUCCUGCUCUUUCAGUGAGAUUCCAAAUAGCCAAUACCCCUAUGGAGAGGUGAUUUCUUUAGCACAAUGCAAGCUUCAUUCAGUCACCCCUCCCCUGAACUUACCGGAGAAGAGAGAGCAGAAUUAAAAAUAAAGCAACAAUUUUAUUCUGUUAUAUCAUUUCUUUUACUCCUUCAUGGAUUUUUUCCAAUGCAACUUCAAAGGAUUAUAUAAUAAAGUCUUUUUCUUCUAAAGAGAAGAUUAAUUUCCACAGAUUAUAUAGUGCAAUUGGUUAUCUUGUAGAAAAAAUAAAACAUGAUUAUUGUUAGCUCCAUACAGUGAAAAUUCUGAAGAUAGCUCCGGAUUCUCAAUAAAAAGAGAAGCAAAAAACAUGGGAGUCCGUCUAGAAAGUUCCUUUGGGGAGGGACGCUACAACCCGCCUCCAUACCUGGGUUCAAUUGAACAAUAUGGAGUCCGGAUCCUGGUUUGCCAUUUGUGCAAUAUGCUUUAAUACAUCCUUUUUGGUAAUGAUUCCCAGGAGUUUCCUGAAAGAGGCCAUCAACAGAGGUCGUUAGUGUAGAAAUCCCUCCUUUGCCCACCCACCGUGUUCAGAUGGGAACACUGGGCCAUGUCAGCAUAUCUAAGAACUCGUUUUUUCUUUCAGUUUAGAACCCACAAAAUGAGCCAAGUUAACACAUCCAUAUUACUAAAUCUCAAAGCCAUUUCAAACUGGGUUGACUGGUUGGCUUUCCCCACUGGGCUAUGGGAAGCAAAGUUCUAUACAAAAGAGGAUUCCUCCCACCGCCAUACUGCAGUUUUUGAUGAUCCUAUGGGUGUGUGUGUGUGUCACAUGAAUUAAAAGUGUUUCAAGUUGUUGUGUGCAUGAACUCGGUCCACAAUAAAGUUAAUUUACUGUGAGCUGGGCUUUUGAAAGCCAGAAUGGAUUUCAGACACUACUUGCCAUCACGAGAUUUUGCAGAUCUUUUCUGCCGAAUUAAAAGUAGCACCUGUAGCGGACCUGUAAACUUUGUUUAUAGUAGCCUUAUUUCCAGCCUUUUUGUAUGUAUGAUUUGUAUAUACAAUAUACCUGUGAUUACUGCUA